AUGGGGAUGGAGCGGAGCAGCAAGAUGGGGAUGGGGCAGAGCAGCAAGACGGGGNAGCAGCAAGAUGGGGAUGGAGCGGAGCAGCAAGAUGGGGAGGGGGCAGAGCAGCAAGACGGGGAGGGAGCGGAGCAGCAAGACGGGGAUGGGGCAGAGCAGCAAGACGGGGAGGGAGCAGAGCAGCAAGAUGGGGAGGGAGCGGAGCAGCAAGACGGGGAGGGAGCAGAGCAGCAAGAUGGGGAUGGAGCAGAGCAGGAGGAAGGGGAGUCUGCAGACCAGCAGGGAGAAGGCACAGAGGGGCAGGAGGGCAACGAGGGUAGUAAGCAAAGGGGAAGCCAAGGGCAAACCGGCGCUGGUGGCCCUGCCCUUCUGAAAGCUCCUGCUGAACAAUUCUUUCCAGAAAUCACUGAAGGUUCCAGCUUUGGCACCGGUGGUGGUGGCGGCGGAGGGAAUGGAGGCACUGGUGGUCAGGGCGGCGACUCACCAGAGAGUGGAGAAGAGUCGGAAGGUUCGGAGCCAUCUGAGUCCGAGGGGUCGGAGUCCCCUGAGCCAACCGAAUCUGAGUCCGAGGGGUCGGAGUCCCCCGCUCCUCAGGGGGCUUCCGAAAGCGAAGGGUCAGAAAACGAGAGCGAAAGCGAGAAUGAAAGCGAGAGCGAGAAUGAAAGCGAAAGCGAAGCCGGAAGCCCUGCCGGUCAGGGGGCUUCCGAAAGUGAAGGAUCAGAAAACGAGAGCGAAAGCGAGAAUGAAAGCGAGAGCGAGAAUGAAAGCGAAAGCGAAGGCGGAAGCCCUGCCGGUCAGGAGGCUUCCGAAAGCGAAGGGCAGGAGAACGAAAGCGAGAGUGAAACCGAGAGCGAAAGCGAGAGCGAAAGUGAGAGCGAAGGUGGAGGCCCAGCUGCGCAACGAUUUUCCUCCUCGUCAUCCUUUUUUGAGCCUGAGUCCGAGGAAGACGACUGAGGACAUACCCUAAGUUACCUUUCACCAUGCCUUAGGAACGUAGUCAGUUUGGAGAUUGACCAACCGACGGUUUGUUUAUGCAUCGAUAGCUCUCAACUUUCCCUCUUGCCCAUACCAUAGCCAUUGUCCAAGAUUCUUUUAGUGUCGUCUAUGACAUGCUGUAAUGUUUCAAACACAGGCAAAAAUAAGCAGAAUUGUUAGAAACGCUAAACAAAAUCGAAAAUCACCAAUACACACCGGUUGAUCUCAGCAUUUUUUCUCCUUGCCUAUAAUUUCCAAGGUGCGUUCCUAGGACUUUUCGUAUAGUUUAUUAUGUUAUGCCCUUAAUUUGAAUCAUAAUGCUUAACUGAUAGCCUAAAUCUAAUAGUGUUCAAUAAAUAUCCACAAAUUUAGGACCCUGUAAAUUAUACAUUUUCUUGUUGAUGGGAGCAGAGCUCCACGUUUAGAAACGAAAAUGCUGCAUAGUGUGUCUUCCUCUACAUGGCAUCGAGAUCUUUGGCAACACAUAUCCGAACAAACCGUCCCCCCUCUGAAUAUGACAAGAUUUACUCUUGAAAUUACUUCUAUUUCAUUUGUUCUUAUCCACUUUUGUACAGUCGAACUAACGGUACCAAACACGCCCGAAAUAGCUGUGGUAGAUCAGCAAUCAUUGCUGAACUACCUUUCAUUGCAGUUCACUGUUGGAGUUGUAAUAAUUUCCUACUCUAAGUGACCGAAACUGACAGAUUCCUCUUUUUUGUGAUUUUAUUUUUGAUUAUAAUGUCAUAUUUUAUUUCUGAGGAGUAUAUGCAUGAGAAAACAACCAACAAGCACAUUAUUCAUUACUACAACUUAAUCUCCCCGUUGCUAUGGAAGUCUCCGAACUACCUAACGCCUCGAUACUCGAAUUCAUUCCAUGCUCCUUGAAAAUUUGAAAAAAACUGGGGGACUUAUUUAAACGAGGCGAAUGUCAUAUUCCGAAAUGAAACUAAAAUGCUUUUUUGGUGUCGCAUACAGGUUUCCAUCCUUUCCAUUUUCUUGUGAAGUACGACUGUUUUGAACGUCUGUGUCAAUGUAAGCGCCAGGCUCUUGAUACACGCCAUGUUAUUGACAUUACUGGGUCAAUUAAAGAAAAUGUUGUCCUGUAUCAUAACCUUGA